AUGGAAUAAUAAUAAAAUGAAUAGGGUCAAGCACCUAGAUUUGAAGAAUCUGUCUUUAAACUGACCACAUAAAUGAUAAAAACAUGUAAUCCUAAGUAAGUGAGUUUAUGACAUCUAUGACAGGACUUUAGAUAAGAAAUUCCUCAAAGACUUCAAAAUCAAACCCAGUGAGACACUUGUCAAUUUGAAUAAUACAAAAUUAGAUCCUUAAUCUCCAAAAACUAGCAAGGCAAUGUAGGAUUUACACCUAUUUUGCAACUAAUUGGAAUUGCAGUACAAUUAUUUCUUUUACUCAUAGAGACAAAUAGGAGUUUAAAAAAAAUGGAGAAUCUUAAGAGUUAACAGAUAAGAGAUACUGGUUGCACUAUUUCUAGGUCGCUUAAAUAAAAAAGUCUGUGAUUUUGUAAAGGAAUAAGUAUAAAAGAGAAGAAUGGAUUGAAAAAUAGUAACGUCCCAAAUCGAUCUAAACUCUGGAUCAAAGCAUGAAUAGCAGUAUCAAUAUUAGUGAAUAUGCGCCUUAUAAAAGUCCAACAGAAAUGAUAGAAAGUUGGAUAGAUAGUCAAGUGUAAUCGAGUGAUCGCCAAUUAUAAAAAUUCAACAAACUAUAAUAGGUAAAUUAUUACAAAAAAUAAUAUAGAAAAGAAAAGAAUUAGAGGAAUAGAAUGAAGAAGAAUAAGAAAAGUAUAAGGAGAAGCUUGAUACAAUAUUGGAAAAGAAGAAAAAGAAUAGAUUAAAUAAUUUAAAGCAGAAAUCAUAAAUCGCCAGAAAAGAUGUUUCUAAAAGCCUAGAAGUUUCUACUAAGAUGAAGACUGUUGUUUAGGAGUAAAAAUAUAAAAAUGCACAAAUGAAAAAAUUAUAGACUGAAUAAAAUAUCGAAAAAGCGUAAUUAAUAACUAAUAAAUUAAAUAGAUAAAAGAGAGUUGACCAUAUUAAAUAAACAUAUGUGGAUGUAUUAGAAGAAAAAUAAAAGAUUUAUGAGGAAAAAUUGCAUUAAGUUUUGAAAAAGAAGGAUGAAUAGGACAAUUAAUUGAUGUAACAGAGAUUAUAAGAAAUAUAAACAGAGAGAACUCAUAAGUCAAUCAAAAAAAACAUAAAAUCUGAUGAAUGGUCAACCAAAUUGCCUUUGUUGAUUAGUAGAAGUGAGGCUUAAUUUUAAAAUGUUUAUAACUCUAAUCUAGCAUCAGUCAUUGAAAAAUUUUAGAAGGAAGAGAAAAAGAAAUUAAAACUACAUAAAUCAUAAGAGUUGGAAAAAGAACAGGUUGAAGAAAUUAAACAAAAAGAGGAAUAAUUUAAAAAGAGAUAUUCAGAUAAACUCAAAUAGUUUGAGUAAUUAUGUUAUUCUAUUUAUUAGGAAUAAAAGAUUAAAAAUUGAAGAGAAAUUUGCUAAAAAGGAUUAAUAUUUAUCGGAACACUUAUAAAAAAAGAAAGAUGAAUUGGAGGAGAAAUUUGAUAAAAUUAGAGAAUUAAGCGCAGAAAAUGAAAAAAGAUUCGUAAACAUAAAAUAAUAAUACAACAAUAAAUGUGAUAAAUAAAUGGAUAAAGAAUAAAAGAAAUUUAAAUAAAAUAUGAGUCUCAUUAAAUAAAGAGAAUAAAUAAUUGAGUAAUUAAGAUAUAAACGAUUCUUGGAAAAGAAUAAACCUCUGAAUUUAGUUUAAGACACUACAUCAAAACAAAGUGAAAGCAAACUUUAAGUAUGA